GUCUCUAGUGAACAACAAACAAACAAGAAAAUUUUUUUUAUUAUUGUUUGUUUUUAUUAGAAAAUAAAAUCUUUAAUUGUGUUACCUUUUAAUUAAACUGUUUCAUUUUCACAUUUUUAAUUAUUAAUUAUUACUAAUUAAUCACCUCGUUUGUUAUCCUUUUCCUGGUUAACAAUGGUUUUAAAGAACAAUUUAUUCUACUGCUGAUAGAAACAACUGAUUCUAAUGUCAUUGACUGGAAAAUUGCGAUGUUUAAUUUGUGACCAUGAGAGAGAAAACUUUAUAUGUUCUACCUGUAUUUGUGAAGGUAAUUUUUCAUCAUCUAAAAAGCAAGAGGUAACUAAAUCAGAGACCAAACGGUCAAGUAAACAUGGAGGAAAAGCUUCAUCAUCAUCAUCGAUAACAACAGCAACACCAAUUUUGACUAAAUUUUCCGAGUUAAAGACCCGAUUACGUUUACUAGAGGAAGAAUACAAAACCAUUAAUGACCAGUUUGAAGCUCUUUUGGCUGAUAAUAAGAGAAAAGAAUCUCUUGAACAGGCCAUCAUUGAACAUAACUUGAAAAACAUUUCGAUUAGAAGAUUGAUCAGUUUGACUCGUAAUCAAUUAGCCAUUGUUGAUGAAUGUUCCAGAAAAACUGAACAAAUGCUUAACUCAUCGGAAAGGAAUCACGAUAGAUCAGCAGAUGAUAUUGAGACAUUACGAAGAGCAAUUGUCAGAGUACAAUAUAAACUUGAAAAGGUGAAUGCUGAGUUUGAACGAGUUCGAACUGAAGUUGAAGAGGAAACAAAGACUAAAUUGUUACAAUUGAAGGAAAGAAUUUUCCCUUUCUAUUGUGAGAAAGUUUGUUUAAAUUCAACUGCAACCAAUUCAGUUGAUGAAACUUUCUCCUCCAAAGAGGGUUCAUUGUUUAUCUCUGAAUCUGAAACUGAUUCUUUCUCAACAACAUGUUGUCCACCCUCAAUGGGUUCAUGGGCCAAUGUUGAAUCAAAUUGUCAACGUUAUUAUAUCGUUGAACCUUGGAUUCCAAAAUGUUCCGUUGCACAGCAAUACAUUAAUUGGAUUAAUCAAACCCAAGAAGCAUGUAAACUCAGUCCAAUUGGUGAACCUGAUGGUGAUGAUCAAUAUAUUGUUAAGAACGAUGCUUAUCGUAUCUCUGCUGCUCUUUCCUACAUUACUCAACUUUUGGAAUUAUCUUCAUUUGUUACCGAUGUUUCAUUUCCAAAGCGACUCAAUUUUGUUGAAUUUCAUUCUAAAUUCAAUGAGGGAACAGAAAUUUUUCUCACCGAGGAUGAAAUACUCCAUAAAGUUGCCAAAUUGAAUAUAAAUCUAAUUCAUUUAUGCCUUUCACAGAAAGUUGAUUGCAAAUUAUUGGUACCAACCCAUACAGGUCAAAAUUUGUCCUUUCUUUUUGAUCCCAACUAUGCCACUUACAACAGAGCUGGACCAGUUUUUGCUGAUACGGAAUCACAUUAUCGUUUUGAAGAAGCACUUUAUCAUGAUUAUAGUCUUAUCGAAUCAAAUGAAACUGAUUACCCUUAUUCUGAUGAUUUUUGGGAUGAAGGUGAUUGGGAAUCAAUUACUUCUGCUCAAGCAGUAGCUCCAUACGCUGAAUUAUACGCUUCCCAGCAAUCGACCACUAGUAUAACCAGUGGAAUCAUGUCUUCGGCUCUUUAUGCUGUUACCUCUCUUAUUCGUAAAAAAUGAACAAAAUCAUCUGUUUGAUGGUAACUGAUUCCAUCAACUUAAUCACCAUUUGCAGUUCAAAUAGAAUUUACUAUUCAUUUGAAUUAGUUCUCUCUUUUCCCCAUUCACUUUCUCUCUCUCUCUCUCUCUCUCUCUCUCUCUCUCUCUGGCCACUCUGGCAGUAAUAUACAAACAUCAAUGUAAAUUCAAAUCUAAUCUCCAUCAAUAUUAUACAAAGUACGCACGUUUGAAAUCAAAAAGGUCAAUAAUAAAUACAGUUAUUAACCGA